GAGAAAAGAGGAAAUGCAAGAAGCUGUCUAACGGAAGUGGUACUGCCCUGAGAUAUACGCCGAGCGCGACGGGAGGACGGAGGCAUUAAAACGACUAACAGAGAGUUGAGAAUAAUCAGGAUUAAAAGUCGCAAAUAUUAAAAUGGAUAAGAACGACCUGGUACAAAAUGCCAAGCUUGCUGAGCAGGCUGAGCGCUAUGACGAUAUGGCUGCAGCCAUGAAGAGUGUGACAGAGCAAAGUACGGAGCUGUCAAAUGAGGAGCGCAACCUUCUCUCGGUUGCCUACAAGAAUGUGGUCGGGGCGCGCCGCUCAUCCUGGCGCGUCAUCUCCAGCAUUGAGCAGAAGAUUGAAGGCAAUGAGAAGAAGAAGCAGAUGGCACGUGAAUAUCGGGAGAAGAUUGAAUCCGAGCUGCAGGAAAUCUGCCACGAUGUGCUUGGGCUACUGGACAAGUACCUUAUCGUCAAUGCAGGUAGUUCUGAAGGCAAAGUCUUCUAUCUGAAGAUGAAAGGCGACUAUUAUAGAUACCUGUCUGAGGUCGCAUCUGGGGACGCUAAGAAGGAUACAGUGGAUAAUUCCCAGCAAGCGUACCAGCAAGCUUUUGACAUUAGCAAGGGGGAUAUGCAGCCAACACACCCAAUUCGGCUUGGACUGGCACUCAACUUCUCCGUCUUCUACUAUGAGAUCCAGAACAACCCGGAAAAGGCCUGCAGUCUGGCAAAGACGGCAUUUGAUGAAGCCAUCGCUGAGCUUGACACUUUGAACGAGGACUCUUACAAAGACAGCACCCUGAUCAUGCAGCUACUAAGGGACAACUUGACUCUGUGGACAUCAGAAAACCAGGGAGAUGAGGGGGAGACCGGAGAAGGGGAAAACUAAUGGAACUGCACUGUUAAUCCACCUACACUCUUAUCUUAAAACACAGACAGCUUAUAUACAUCCCCCCCCCCUCCUCCCUCCACUCCAUCAGCCCCUCCCUCUUCUGUAUGACAAGCAGCCUGAAUUGCUCCUGACCAACUAGUUUACCCCUCUCAGUUCAUUGUGAGGCGACAGGGUCAUUUUCAGUUGUUAGUACCUUCAGUCACUUUGUAGAAACUCGUAUUGUUUUCGUUAGCUUUGUGUGUAUGUCUGCACGUUUGUGGGGAGCGAGCGAGUGAGUGAAGAGUGUAAAAGAUAUUUUGUGUGUGCGCGCACUUGUGUGUGAGAGAUCUUGGGGGGGGGGUGUUGUGAAUUUUAAUAGUCCCUCCAAAUUCCUUUUUUCCCAGCUAGUUUGUGGCGCAUCCCCCCCCCCCCCCAUACAUACUUUUUUUUUUUUUUUUUUUUUUUUUUUUUUUUUUUUUUUUUGUUACUUUUAUUAUUGUGAUUCAACAUGGUAUUUACAGGUUUUAUUCUAUGGGAUUUAUUGUAUGGUAAUUAAACUGGCAAACACUGUGAUGGUAGGUGUUCCAUUUGCUUCACAACCCAAAAGCAGUUUGUGUUUCGACUUUUCCGGAAACAUGUACAAUCCUGUAUUCAAUUUACUGCAAUUCUGCUGUGGGCUCAUACAGAAAGGAGGCAGGCUGUAUUGUGACACUGACAUCUGAGUGUAAUGCACCUCGAUCAUAUUCACAAAGUUAAAAGGGAGUUUCAUAUUGUUCAUUCUGUAUUUCAAGGCUCCCAGAAAGGAAUUGCCUUUUCCCGCCUUUUACAAACUGAAGUCUAUCUAGGUUGACCUUGUAUUUUGACUCAAUGGUUAAGAAGUCUAACGUUACUGCAGAGUAUGUUACAAGAUUGACUAUCAUCUGUAUGUAAUAUCUGAAGUAAACUUUAGUUGUUUAUAAAUGAUUUACCCCGUGACCCUAACGAGGAUAAGCGGUAUUGAGAACGGACGGAUGGAUAAAUGUUUCACUUUCCUGUAUCAAGCUAGCUUGCUAAAUAUCCCUCUUAAAGUGCUUGUUUUAUCAACAACAAAAUGUAUUUGUGUCUGGCUAUUUUAUUCCAUUUUACAAUUGACGUUAACAAAUGGGUACGAGUUGAGACAAACUCAUAAAGGGUUUCAUUCUGAUUGAAUGACUCCUAAAUCGUCUCCUAAAUCAUGUGAAGGUGCCAUUUCAUCUCAUUUGAGAAGCUCAGUGUCACAAUACCGUGUAUCACCACUACAUUCCAUAUAUUGUAGUUGAAGACACCAUUCCACGUUAUUAUGCUGUUUCUUCUGACGAUGCUCCAAGGAAUUGAAAUGUUUUGUUCAUUAAAAAAAGUCAAUUUAAUUCUG